UGCAGUUGUUUUGCAACUGUCACAACUACAACUGUGGGCGUCGGUGAAACAUCGUAACACACGUUAGAUUGCAUUCUGUAACAGUGGUUUUCUCACUUUUAGGCCUUUUUUUCUUUUUUAAUAGAAAAUGGCGAACGUCGACCUCGCUAAAGUCGGAAAGAACGUGUUGAAGAGCGAAACUGGAGAGAGUGUAGAGCUCCAGUCUCUGUGGCAGGACCAGCCGGUGGUCUUGUUCUUCCUGCGCAGGUUUGGCUGUCAGAUAUGUCGUUGGAUUGCAUCGGAGAUCAGCAAACUGGAGCCGGACCUGAGGGCCAGUGGUGUAGCGCUGGUGGGCAUCGGACCAGAAGAGCUUGGGCUGAAGGAGUUCAAGGAAGGAGGGUAUUUCAAAGGAUCCAUUUAUGUUGACGAACACAAGAAAAGCUACAAGGAUUUGGGCUUCAAGAGGUACACAGCUAUAAGCGUGGUUCCUGCUGCUUUGGGGAAGAAAGUACGAGAUAUAUCUGCAAAGGCCAAAGCUGACGGCGUCCAGGGAAACUUCUCAGGAGAUCUGCUGCAGAGUGGAGGCAUGCUCAUUGUGGCCAAAGGUGGAGAAAAGGUCCUACUGCACUUUAUCCAGGACUCACCAGGAGACCACCUACCUCUGGAGGAUAUUUCCAAGGCUUUGGGUAUCUCGGCUGAAGUGAAAGCAGGACAGAGGCCAGUGUGCAAUGAUGACGUUUGUACUCGAUGAUGACAGAGCUGAUGAAUACCAUCACAUUGGGAGGCUGAAAUGAACAUUUAGGAAGUGGAAUGUCAUCAAAAUGCCAAAGUGAAUUUAAAAGCACUGCCAAUAUUCUUAUAAU